GCUUUGUCUUUACCCAGCGCCGCCGAAAUCUUGCCGUGCAGCCAAGACGCAGGGUUCAAAGCGCCGAUCACAGGAACAGCACCAGACGACUUGGUUUUGGAAUACUGGGAGAGAGUGAGUGGGAAGGGCCGUCAGCGGGUUGGGCGCGUGCCUGUUCUGUGCACGGCAGAUUGAACAGCAGGACACACCAAAGUCUUCGAAGCCGAAUGGAAGAAUGCGACAUCCUUGUUUACCAUCCCGGAGAAGUAGCUGACGAAGCGGUCAGCAACCGGCGAUAUUUCACGCAUAGGUGGCCCACCAGGCCUGGAUCUGCGUCGCGUGAGGAAGGAUACUCUGAAGGCGGGGAGGCACCACUCACGUCGUGCUCGAAACCGUACUUGGUGUCAGAUGCAUCGCGGCCCCAGACUCCGUCGAAAUGAAGCGACUUGUCCGCUCGUUCAACUGCUGCCGCAGGCCCGAGCACCUUAGCGGAGGGGUAAGCCUUCUUGAAUUCACCUGGGGGCCUGGAAUAUGGUGAACAGAAUUAGCGCUGAUGAUAUACCUGGAAGCGUUUGGCUGCGAUUGCGGGGGAAACUGAACAGACGCACUGUACAGGACCCAACUCGUCUAUCUUCGCCUUGGUCUCAGGGUUUAAAGGCGUGGAGGCAAGCACCCAGACGCCACCAUCGCUGAGUUUGAUAGCGGUUGACCUUCCACCGAUUGGCAUGAUCCCAAAACGAGCAAAAGGACUGAGAGACGGUCAGGAAUAGAGCGAGACGGAGAGAGUGAAUUCAUUUCAGUCACCGAGAGAACGUCCACACGUUAUUGGUCACCUAAGGGAGAUUUAGCGAGCUCGCCAAGUUGUGCAGGAAUAUACUAGCCUCUCGUAUGACAGUGAGUUUGUCUCCCAUGUUGGAAGAGUAGAGCUGAGUGCGAUAUUGGCGAGAACUCUGGAGUCUGCGCGAAUGGG